AUGGACGUCGAUACACGCCCGGCGGCCGCGAACGACCCGAACAAUGCCAUGACCACCAAGAGUCCCAUUCAAAUUACAUCUCAACCACCUCCAUCUCAGCAUACGCCAGACGCUCCAUCUACCAAAGACGACUUGCCUGCCUCUGGACCAAUACAGCCAGUUCAAGACCAACCGAGGCAGAAUGAUGAAACGAAGGCAGACUUGCCAGCUUUGGCGGCCGCGCAAGGUCCGAAUGUUGGAGCCAUGUCAGCCCGGCGGCCCGCUCAGACAUCUCAUCUCUCCAUGAAUCUCCUUUCAGUCUUUGACCUCGACCCGCUUGUCGCAACCGUCGCACGCUUCGAUGCUGUUACAGGCGAGAAGAUCAACAAGAUGCGCAAGUCCUAUGAGGGCCAAGCAAAAUCGUUGGGUCUGGCUGGGAAGAAUAAGUCCAUCAGACACGAGGAUGCAGUCGCCAGUGGUGGAGGUAAGAUGACGAGUCUGAAGGACUUGUCAAGCUGGCCGGAUGAAGAGUGGUACAACCAGAAGGUGUUUGGAAAAGAUAUUAAGAAAGGCUUACCAGAGAGUAUCACGUCGAAGCUAGAUGCAGCAUUUACUAUCAAUCAGGGUGCUGUGCCGGAUGAUAAGACUUGGAAGGAGAUCCUCGGUAUCGAGACACCUAAUCCGGCAAACGCCAAUCUUCAGAAAGAAGCGAAGAUAAACGGAAAGACUGCUGCCCCAUCGGGCAAAGCAGUAAACGCAGAACAUGCAGGUGCGAAUGAACACAUACGUGCAAGGCGCAGUACGAAGAAGAGGCGAUAUGAUGACGAUAGCUAUGAAGGCUACAACGAAACAUUCAAGGACGACGAGAUGGAUCGUGAGGGCGGCUACGAAUCCGCCGAGACCGGCGUAAGCAAGAAUAGUCGCGGCAGUAGAGGGGAAAAGAACAAGCGCAGAAAGACGAACGAACAUGGCAAAGGAGGCGGGAAUUCGAGAACUGGCAGUUUCGCCUCAAUUUAUGGGAGGUGA